AAGUCAACAGGAAAGAAGUCCGCUGGGCAGCCCGUUUUCUACUUUAUUAUAAUAUCUUUUUUCGCAUUGGCAAAAGUCCAGAAACGGUUAUACUCAUCACGGAGAAUUGAGGAACACCUUCGACUCCUUCCUCUCAGGCUCUCAUAAACUUCCUUUUAUAUAUAAUUGGUUUUUUCUUCUCUUUUUGAGAUAAAGUUUCAAAUAUUCUCUCUCCCUUUCUCUUCUUUUUUAUUUUGUUGGUUAGGCCUUUUUCUUUUUCUUUUUCUUCCUUUUUUUUUUUUUUUUUAAAAUAAUUGUCAUUCUUUUAUUGAAUGACUUGUGCGAACUAAUAAGGAGAAGGAGCAGAAGUAUAUACAACCAAAACAACAAGCUCAGUCAUUUUUGGCGUUCAAUUGGAUCGGGUGGUGGGUUGGUUUGAAUUUUUAAUUGGACGUGGCUACAGGAGUUGGAUGUUGAGAAUUUAGCUGAAGAAAGUUGGAGGGACUGAGGAAUUAUUUUUAUGGAUAGGUUAUGCUGUUUCAAAUCUUCCUACUCUCAGCUUGUAGGAGUACGUUCCUCAUCUAGCUCUGGUAAAGGAAGAAGCCAUGAGGGGUUAAUGAAGUAUGGUUUCAGCCUAGUAAAAGGGAAAGCUAAUCAUCCAAUGGAGGAUUAUCAUGUUGCUAAGUUUGUGCAGAUUCAGGAACAUGAGUUAGGGCUGUUCGCUAUAUAUGACGGCCAUUUGGGAGAUAGUGUUCCUGCCUACCUACAGAAACAUUUGAUGUCCAAUAUCCUAAAGGAGGAAGAAUUUUGGGUUGACCCCAACAGGUCAAUCACAAAAGCCUAUGAGAAGACAGACCAGGCAAUUCUCUCACACAGCUCUGACUUGGGGCGGGGUGGAUCCACAGCUGUAACGGCAAUUUUGAUAAAUGGCCAAAAAUUAUGGAUAGCUAAUGUCGGAGAUUCGCGAGCAGUUCUCUCAAGCGGGGGCCAGGCAAUACAAAUGACUAUAGAUCAUGAGCCCAACACCGAACGAGGCAUUAUUGAGAAUAAAGGCGGUUUUGUCUCAAACAUGCCAGGAGAUGUCCCUAGAGUCAAUGGGCAGCUGGCCGUUUCUCGUGCUUUUGGAGACAAGAGCCUCAAAUCACAUUUGCGAUCUGACCCUGACAUACGAGAUACUAUUGUAGAUAUCAACACUGAUAUUCUAAUCCUUGCUAGUGAUGGUCUUUGGAAGGUAAUUGCCAAUCAAGAAGCAGUUGAUAUUGCAAGGAAGAUCAAAGACCCACAGAAAGCAGCUAAGCAAUUAAUAGCUGAAGCCUUGAAAAGGGACAGUAAAGAUGAUAUAUCCUGCAUUGUUGUUCGAUUUAGGGGAUAAUACCUCAAAUCAUGUUGCUCUGCAAGUGCAGUAUAAACCUAUAAUAAGAGCUUUUUUUUACAAGGGAUGCCAAUUUAAGGUCUCAGACCGACAGCAAAUAGACCUGCUUAGGGUAAUGCACACCGAAUCUUCAGAGAUAAGAAAAAGGAAGGAUUCUCCCAAUGUAAAGUUAUUUUCUCCAUCGGUGUUUGAUAUUGUUUGAUUUAUUUUUGAAAGUGGAUUAGGAGCUUGAUAUGAUAUAUGUUGUGUUCUACUCUCA